AUGGGUAGCAUUACAGAGGUGUUUAAAAAUGACCCUCUCCACCUUGACUCUGCCAUUCCCCUUGAUUUUGAUACACUCAAGUCUGUUCCAGAGUCACAUGAAUGGGCUCUGGAGCCCUCAAAUCAUUCCCUUGAUUCAUCCAAGAUGUUGCCGGUGAUUGAUCUCACACAUCCUGAUGCACCACACCUUGUAGCCCAUGCAGCCAGGACUUGGGGGAUUUUCCAAAUUGUGAACCAUGGGGUGCCUUUGGGACUGAUGCAGAGUGUUGAGAGUGAGGCAAGGAGGCUGUUCAAUCUCCCAACUCAGGACAAGAUGAAGGUUUUACGGUCCCCGGAGAACCUGGCAGGCUAUGGCGUGGCUCGGAUUGCGCCUUUUUAUGACAAGUGUAUGUGGCAUGAAGGCUUCACUAUCCAUGACUCUUGUGUUGGUCAUGCUAAGAUACUUUGGCCCCAUGAUUAUGAGAGCUUUUGGUGA